AUGGCUUCCGCACUUGAAUCGUAUGUGAAUCAUACUGUGUCUAUAGUGACAGCAGACGGCAGAAUAAUUGUGGGAACAUUGAAAGGUUUUGACCAGACCAUUAACUUGAUUCUGGAUGAAAGCCAUGAGCGUGUCUACAGUUCCUCUCAGGGUGUUGAACAGGUCAUACUGGGACUGUACAUUAUCAGGGGAGAUAAUGUAGCUGUGAUAGGAGAGAUUGAUGAUGAUACCGAUGGAGGACUGGACUUUAAUAAUAUCAAAGCGGAACCUCUCAACUCCGUUAUACACUAACCCCUGGUAGUGCUGUCAUUGUGUCUCAUCUUCAUUGUCGUUUCACCAUUCAUCGAGACAGACAUAUGUGUGGACACUUAACUAGUUUUAAGCUAACAUUCAUUUAAUGAAACGUCCACACAGUUUCCGUAGUUACAGUGUUUAUUUGUUGACAUCAUUGGAUAUGAGUGACUGGAUGGAACUUUGAUCUGUUCACCAGCAGGACUAACACUUUCUUUGUGAUCUUUGGAUCAUAAAUUCCUGCAGAAUGUGUUCAUUGUGUCAUGAUAAUAUUUAGAGAUGAUUGAGAGCCAUACAUUGUAAGGAUGAAAUUUCUGUAAUGUAUGAAAGGUGAUUUGGGAAAAUGUUAUAUGAAGAAUGAUAGAUUUCACAAUACAUUUUAUAUUAAGCAUCUUCACUGUCAUUAGAAAUAUUUUUGGUAUGCUGAAGAUUUUCUGAUGUCAAUAAAAAAAGGGUCUUAGUACAUGAAAGUGUGUGUAGUCAGAUGGUCGUUGAGAUGAGAGAAUCUGUAUGUUUAGCUUAAAGUCUUAUACCGUAAAAUCCUGUGUUGUUAACUUGGAAACACUUUAUUUUGUGAAAGGAAAAAAGAAUGUAAGAAUUUUAAUAGUGUAAA